AUGGCAGCACAGGAAAUGAUAAAUCAACAGGAUGUCGAGGCGGGCGAUAAGGAUUUCGUCUCUCAACGUUCCGGACCGGGGACCGAGAAGGGUGCAACAGCGCCGACGGAGGUUGGCACCCUACAACGACGACUGAAGUCUCGACAUGUUCAAUUUCUUGCUCUAUCCGGGGCCAUUGGGACAGGGCUCUUUGUGGGUACAGGCCAGAUUCUUUCACUAGCUGGGCCAUUGUCUACGGUGCUUGCCUAUCUCAUUACGGGCUUCAACCUUUACGCGGUCAUUAACAGUAUGGGUGAAAUGGCGACUUGGCUCCCUCUUCCCGGUGCAGUCCCCGUUUAUGCAUCUCGAUUUGUUGAUGAAGCCUUGGGAUUUACUUUGGGGUGGAAUUAUUGGUACCAAUUUGCUAUUGGCGUUCCAAUCGAGAUCAGCGCAGCUGCCCUUGUCAUUGACUACUGGCCCAGCAACAUUUCUUCUGCAGUGUGGAUCACUGUGCUUUAUGUGGCUAUCAUUUCCGUUAAUUGCCUCCCUGUUCGGGUAUAUGGUGAAGUGGAGUUUGUCCUUGGAUCGAUCAAACUCACCACUAUUGUGGGAUUGAUGUUGCUCAUGCUCAUUAUCACACUCGGUGGCGCACCAACACAUGACCGUAUAGGUUUCCGCUACUGGGAAAGUCCGGGUCCAAUGAAUGAAUACCUAGAAACUGGUUCAUUGGGCCGUUUUCUAGCAUUCUGGAAAGUUUUCAUACAGGCUACAUUUAGCUACGGCGGCAGCGAAAUGGUUGUCGUGGCAGCGGGAGAGACUGAAAACCCUCGGCGCAACAUUCCAAAGGCUGUCCGUCGUGUCUUCUGGCGCAUUGCUAUUUUCUAUGUCGGAAGCGUCUUCUUAGUGGGUCUAUGCGUCUCAUCUAAAGAUAAUCGACUGCUCAACGCUAUUGACACCGGCGCUGCCGGCGUUGGGGCAAGCCCUUUCGUCAUUGCUAUCGAGAAUGGAGGUAUCUUGGUGCUGCCUUCAAUCAUAAACGCUGUUGUGCUCACUUCCGCGUUGUCCGCGGGUAAUUCUUUCUUUUAUGCGUCCACCCGAAUUCUCUACUCCACGGCACUGGAUGGGAAGGCGCCUCGGUUCCUUCGAUUCGAAAGAUUCGGGGUUCCAUAUGCAUGUGUUGCUGUCACUGCAGCACUGAGCUUGCUUGUCUAUCUAAAUGUCUCAUCUAGCUCUGCCGAGGUAUUCUUUUGGAUUAGCAAUUUGAGCUCUGUUAGUACGCUGAUUGUGUGGAGCUCUAUUGCCGUAACUUAUAUUCGCUUCCAUCGAGGGCUGAAAUACCAUGGCAUACCACGCUCCUCACUCCCUUUCCAGUCUCCUUUCCAGCCUUUCAUGGCUUAUUUUGCCAUGAUAUUCUCCUCUACUGUGGCAUUUUUCAACGGCUUCGAUGCAUUCUUCCCUGGCCACUUCAGCGCGAAGAGCUUUAUUCCUCCUUAUAUUGAUAUUCCCAUCUUUGCCAUGCUCUUUUUGGGAUACAAAUUCAUCAAGAGAACAAGGAUUGUUAGGAUAGAAGACAUGGACCUCCUAUCUGGUAAGGAAGAGGCCGAUGAGCUGGAAUCAACGUGGGAAGAACCUAAGCCUCGCAAUUUUCUCGAGCGGAUGUGGUUUUGGAUUGCAUAA